CUAUCGCAGCCAUCCCGGGUCGGCCCUGAUUUUCCGAGAUGGCCGUUACCGACUCACGUAGGCCCAAUCCCCGGUCGGGUACAUCCACCCUGCUCAAAGUCAUUCUGGUCGUCGUCGUCAUUGCCGGCUCGAUCGAUCCAGUCCCGGCCAGUUUCAUCCGGUUCAAACCGGACACCGAAUACAUCUACACCUACCAGUCCUCAACGGACCUGAAGGAGAUUCGGACAAUGCAGGUGGAAUCCAAGAUCGGUUUCAUUUUGGUGAGGUCUCACGGCGAUCAACAAGAGAUUUACCUCCGGGUUCACUCCGCGGCUGUCACCAGCGAGGAGCAGCUAGUUCCUGUGAGCGAGGAGAGAGACUUUGACGAGUGGUUUUCAUUCGACGUCAGCGAGAAUGGAGCGAUCGGUCAGGUGUACUACCCACGUGAUGAGGACAAAGAGGUGAUAAUGGCCAAGAAAGGUCUGGCCAGCUUGUUGGCGAGUAAUCUGCAACAUCCUCCCGAGGGCAAGUUGAAGGAAAGCGGCUGGAGCUACGACUGCAAUGAGACGGGUCACGAGGGUCACCACGAGUCGUCCUACACGGCUCAGAUGGCACCGGGCAAUGAUGGCAUUAUUGUCUUCACUAAGACUAGACGCACUCACCCAAUACCUUACGGCAAAUCCAAACACCAAAAGGAGAUCCACUAUCACAAGGGUAUGCAACUGCCUACAAUGGUGAAGAUAAUGGAGCAUUUUGACGCACCAAGGGAGUCCGCACCGGGAUUUGAGCAUGGGGUACACAGAACUGAAGAAGAAAAAGGAGAUGAUAUCGAGUUUCCUGAGAUGCGGACUGUCUCUGAAGGGCAGCUGACCUUCGUCCGAGAAGCAUACUACCAGUCACCUUCAGGGCCACCCGAUGAUGAGGAUAUUGUCACGGACUCAAUACACAUAAUUAUGACACCAGACAGACACCUUAACUUCAACACAACGGAACUGAAGCAAUUCAUCGCAGGGAACUUGACCUGUAUGAGGACAGCACAGUUGAAAGGUUCCAAUGAUCGCAGCAAGUGUUUCCGGGCUCUGGUGCAAACCUUGCUGUCAGUGCCUGACAAACAGCUGAGUGAGCUUGUUGCUCCCAUGUAUAAGUUACCACUGUCCAGACGUAUCCGUGACAAACAGGACAGACUGCACAUGAUGGAUGCCCUCGUCUCAAUGCUGUCUGAUAGCUCCCAGUCACUCCUCACGGAUCUUAUCCUUCUGUCUCCAAAACCGAACAUGGAGCUUGUAAAUAGACUUCUGAUGACCUCUGCCGGCUUCUCACACACCAUAUCAGAGCAUUAUCUGGAGACUGUUGAAGAUAUUGUCUUCCAGCCUGGAAAAUUUCCAGAACCUUUUCGGGACCCUGAGAUACAGCGAGUUGCUGUGCUGGCGCUCGGCGCUUUAGCUGGUCACCGAUGGGAGGCUGGAUACAAACAUCAGGCAGAAUCAAUUGUCAUCAGGAUAGAAGACAAACUCGGCGUUCAUGAUCCCUGCGGAUAUGAGAAGACCUUGACAUCACUGACUGAGGAUGAGCAAGAGGAGUUUCACCAUGACACGGUGGCUUUGAUUGAAGCUCUGGGCAAUGCUGGGCUCCAUCGCUCCUUCCCUCACAUCCAGAGCUAUACCAACCACAGCGCUACUCAUCCAAUGCUGAAAAGGGCUGGCUUACACUCCAUGAGAGACUACCAUCACGACAAGGCAGCAGAGAUUAUGCUGAAAUCUGCCCUGGAUGAAAAUGAGGAUGAGCACGUGAGAUAUGAGGCGUCGCUGUCCUACAAGAUUCACCCAAAUGGCGGCAAGCAAAACAUCACCAAGUUUCUCAGUCCCGAGGGUGUAUCUGGACCGAAUUCUUCACAAGAAGUAGCGGCCACAGAGGUAGCCAGUGUGCCUUCCAGGCGCCGUGUGCGGCGAGGUUUCUUUGAGGGCAUUCAGUUGAAGCUGGCCAGUCCAUCCAAGGAUUGGAAGGAGAUUAUCGGCAGCUCAGAGACUGGAGCCGAGUUUGGUCUGACCAUCAGGAACAAGCUUGACAUGAGCAUUGCUCCACUGAGUGGCCAUCUACGCGUGGAUCUGUAUGAUGAGGCAUAUGCCACUAUACUGGUUGGACUUGUGGGUAUGAACCUGGAUGUUGCUCGUGCCCGCUUCUGCUUCAAUGGAAACAUUGAGUACAACCUCAACAUUUUGCAGGAGUUUGGGGUUGACCGUAUUAGUGACCUGGCCAAGGUGUAUGAUAUCGUCAUUGAUAAAGUAGUCGGCAACAUUGUGAAAAGUGUGGACAUGGUCGUGGAUCUCUUCAAUGGCGACAGCAAGGUCAGCAUGCUGUUUGAUAAUCUUGAGCAGACCCUGGAGGGCAUCCCAGGACGAAUUGGGGAUGUAAGAUCUUUGUCUGCAAAUGCAGUGGCCAGACUGUCCCAGUUUGACCCAGACCAGCUUCCUCCUUCUAUCAGAGGGGUCAUCGAUGUAGUCAACAGGGCUGCGCAACUAUUCAGUGACAUCAAGACGGAUGUCAUGGAGUUCUACCAGGCUGUCAAUGAAGCAAUCACAGUCACCUUGCCCUGGGCAGCCGAGCAGAUCUGGGAUUCCAUCAAGUCAAUCACAGAUACCAUUGGAGAUUUACUGAAGUCACCCUUGAAAGCCAUUGGGGAUAUCUUCAAAGGAAUCAUCAACAUCAAGACAGCUGUUGAUGCCAUUCUUGAAGCCAAGAUGGCGGUUGACGAAGCCAAUUUCUUUAAGGAAGGUCAGAGGCCCUACUGGUUUGAUCUGCCCAAGGUCAUCGGUGAUAUGCUCAAAGAGCUGAAAGAACACCUGGGUAACAUCUCAAGGGAUCUUGCCAUCUGGGUGGAUGAGAUUGCUGACUCCUCAGAUCCCAUCAAGAAGCUAACUGGUGGUGCCAUUGACUCGAACACACUGAGAAAACGGAUCGCUGAUGAGAUCAAGUCAAUCAUUUCAGAGCUGAUAGGUCCGAUAGAACCCAUUACAGAUUUGCUAGCGCCGUUCUUUGAGCUGUACGAUCUUGUCGUCAAUACCAUUGAGAGUAUCAAAGAAGCCUAUCUGACACUGAAGAAUUCAUAUCAAGAGUCUCAAACUCUCAUCAUGAAACUCUUUGGACCCAAGGCCCACAAGAGCUUCCCAAGGAAAUUCCGUGAACCUGCAGGCCCCGAGGGUUGUGCGUCGGGGGGCUUCUACCCAACCGACUCCAACGGACAUUAUGCCGACAAGGGUGUAGAUCUGGAGCUUUCUCAAGGAUCAUGGCUGGUUGCACCAUUUUCAGGCCUCCUUUACCAAAGUGCAGGCAAACCCUACCAGGUUACCCUGCUGGCCCGGGGUGGAGCCUUCCGAAACAUCAAGAUCUACAUUGACAACAUUAAGCCCAACCGGACCCUCUCUGCCACCAAGGGAGAAACUGUCAUAGCCGGCAGGAAGAUUGGCAAAGUGAUCCGCUCCACGUCCUCCUGUGCACCGCCAAACUUCAUCCACUUCUCCAUGAAGAAGGUCAAGCCCAACCGCCUGGCUUCUAUCCUAGACAGCAGCCUGAAUGAUGAUCCCACGCCGGCUGAUGAUGCGGCCAAGGAAGGCUACGUGGACCCGACCAACUAUCUGGCCAAGAGGCCGCUGGAGAUACCCCAGUGGAUACAAGGCUGUGAUGAAUACAAGUUGGUCUGGAAGGUACAUGCAUAA